AUGUCAUGGCUGCAUGACGUCUCUAGGAAAAUGGAGAAGAUCUGCCUAGGAUCUCAAGACUUGGGAGAUAAUGAUGACAGCAAUGACAAAUUCAGCUACUUCUGUCACUCCUUACAUCCUCCGACCCAGUGCAAGGGCUAUGACAGCUUGGGUGACAGUCAGGUAGAGGAUCUGGGAGAACCCAUUCCAUUUUUCCUAAAUCUCAGGCACUCUUACAUGGUGAAAGACAGAGUGAAAACCAGAAUGUAUGCCAAGACGUUGGGUGAACAUGCACUGGAGCUUGAGGAAAAAGCUCUGGAGUUUCAGAAGCCAUUUUAUGAAGACACAGAAAUUCCUGGUAACUUGUCCAAAGAAGAGGACCACAGCUGGACCAAUCCUCUUCCUGUGCAUCAAACGUUGCAUGUUCUUCAAACUGCCAGUACAGCACCAGGCGGCUCUUAUGACUCUUUCCAGUGUGGCAUGGGCAAGCACUUGGGGAUGGAUGCCUUUGCCCCGUGGGCCUAUGCUGAUGACCCUUACCUGGGGUACCCAGAGCACACCAGAGGAGCAGAGCCCCAUAUGAUGCCUGAGCAGGCCAUCGAGGGAAGAGAGGUCCCUUCCCUGCUCCUGGCAUAUGAUGUGCUCAGGACGGAGAACACCAUGCUCAAGAGGGUGAUCAGGAACUUGCAGAGCUCCUUGGAGAGACAGGCGUGCAUGGUACAGAACCUGGAGAAGCAUCUGAGGGCCAGCUUGGCCAAAGAGGAGAGUAAAGCCCAAGAGCUGCAGUACUUUGUCCAGCAGACUGAGCAGAGUCUGCACCUAAUGACUCAGCGGGCUCUGGAGGCAGAAAGCAAUGUGGAGAAGCUGAAAGAGGAGAUCUCUGUUCUCCAGGGAGAGCUGCAGUGCUCCAAGGCAGAGAAUGAAAAUCUGAAAGCAGGCCAAACAAUGGACAUGGGGGAAGUGAAGCACAACAUAGACUUCGCUUUGCAGAACCUCCACAAGAUAAUAACAGGUGCAAACUGGUCCAUCAGACAGCUUGCCUCUGGAGCAGAGUCACUCUGUUUUGUUGCUGAGGUCCUUAAAUCUACUGGCAGAAUUUCCACAGCUGAAGCAGAGAAAGAGUCAUGA